AUGGGCAGCUGCGUGAAGGCGUUUUCCGGCACCAGGGCGUGUGGCACUCGCGUUGACCGAGAGUUUGACGCGCUGCUCGAACGGGGCGUUGCGAAGGGGAAGGUGUUGUUCAAGGACGUGUAUCUCGUCUCGCAGCUGCUCAAUCACUACGUAAACCCGCACAAACGCGUCGUGCCGGGCACCCCAUCGACGGCUGCCUGUGCCGAAGGGCCAAAUUCAGACGACGAUAUAGGCCGUGACUAUCAUGCAGGGGCUAGCUCAGACUAUCCCCGGUCAUCGGCAGCUGUGAACGGCUGCCGCAGUGACAGCCCCGUCCGCGGUUCCCGCGGAGUGGAUGCACUGAGCCACGCCGCAACCAGCGCCUCCAGUUAUGGCAUGAUCCCCUCAUCCAAACGCGAUUGCAGCCUGGAAGACUGGGACGUAUUCACAAAACUGCUCUCCGGCAACGAGUGCCGCCCGCGCAUGAUGCCACUGUACAAUAAAAUACCCUUUCUCUCUCUUGGCAACUUCGUGUUUUUCUACCGCAUUAACGAGGGCUCGUCGGGCAAGGUCCACGUGGGUUUCCACAAGUCUCACCGCCGUACAUACGCGUUGAAGGUCAUCAGCAAGUCACAGUUCAACUGCGACCGUGCGCUCUUCCGCCGGCUCAAGGAUGAGAUGAGCCUGGUUACUGCACUGGGGCACCCCAACAUCGUGCGCACUUUCGAGCUUUUGGAAACGGUGUCCACCAUAGUGAUCGCGAUGGAGUACUGCGACGGCGGCGACAUGAUAGGCCUCAUAAAGGAGUACUCCCCGAUGGCCGAGCCCAUGGCGCGCGCAAUUUUCCGCAUGGUGGUGGCCGGUGUGCACUACUUGCAUUCGUCGAACAUCUGCCAUCGCGACAUCAAGCCGGAGAACAUCUUUCUGAAGCGCAUGGUGCCCAGGUCGUUCGGACGGGUUGCCUCCAUCUCUAGCAAGGGCAACCACGCGGUGGACGCUUACGAGCCGCAUGCAAUUCAGUACGGAAUGAUGCCAUACAUCGUAAAGAUAGGGGAUUUCGGCGCCGCCACGCGCAUCAACGACAACCGCGCCCUGCUGGAGACGGUGGGCACCAUGAGUUACGCGGCUCCGGAGGUGCUAGGGUGCGCCGGAGUGACUGGAUACAACGGCAAGAGCGCGGAUAUAUGGUCACUCGGCGUACUGCUCUAUGCAAUGUUGUUCGGGGAGCUGCCGUGGCACAACGAGGACGUCGGUCUCCGAGAGGCGGUCAAGCAGAUACUGGACAAACCGCUCUCGUUCCCCUGCCAUACCAGCACGACAUCCAGGGAGCUCAUGUCGUCCAUGCUCCGCAUUCAGCCUUCAGAGAGGCCGACCAUUGAAGGGGUAAUGUCACACCAGUGGUUAGCGGCAGGUAACGCUGACGCCGCCUUGGUGCUCAAAAAGAUUCGCCCGACACUCUCUAAACCCGAGUAA